AUGGCGGCAAAGACCAAACGUCUCGAUGACGCCCUGCUGGGUGCUCAACGCGGUCUGCUCAUGCGGGCCGUGUUCGGGCAGGCCCUGACCCUCUACCUCAAGGACAAGGGGCAAGAGACCUGCAAGACAAUCGUCGGUAUUAUUGCCGAGAUUAGCAAAAACAUCGUCGACAACUACCCUGGAAGCGGCCUCGUCGCGGCCUUCUCCCCUGAGCUAUGGGGCACAUGGCACAGCCGGUCAAUCCCCAUCAGCACGAAGAACAUCGACCGGUUCAAGAAGUUCACCCUUAACCAAGGAGAUGUCCUCAUUUUCGUCAAGGCCCCUAGCCACAAGAUAGCGGAGGCCAUUGUCAAUUCUGUGCACCAAAGGCUUCAUGACCUGUCAACAAGGAUGGAAGAGGUCAAGAUGGGCAAGCGUAAAGACACCAGGAUCAUGGGUGGCCGCUAUGUGGAUGGCAUCACCAACCCCAACGACCCCAUCAGCCUGGCCGAGGAUAUCCUUAUCGACCAGACGGAUAGUCGGGGCGGACUCACCGGGUCGUGCUUCGGAUUCACCCAAAAGUUCGAGUUUGACUGGCCGGGCAUCGCCACCCAGGCCGCCGACACGCAGGACGAGAUGAUCGGCCGCAACCCGGACGGUGCCGCCCUGCCCCAGCAUGCUGUUCACUCGCACGUACACCGUGCAGCAAUCCGUAACGACAACGGCGACCAGCUCAAGCUCCUCCGGCAAGCUCUGCCGUACGGCUCGGACCAUGAACACGCCGGCCGGGAGAAGGGCAUCAUGUUUGUCGCCUUUUGCAACGACCAGCAGCGCUUCGAGGACAUCCUCCAGAACCUGAUCGGCGAGGUUCCCGAGAGGCCAGUCGACAAGCUCAUGACGGUGGUGCACGGAGUAUCAGGGGGUUACUGGUACGUGCCAUCCGCCGACGAGCUGAAGGUGGCGGCCGUCACUGGGCCCGAGGAUGUCUACGAGGACCCCCAUUGGGAGGUAACCAGUCCCAACAACGACUACCUCUUCUACAACUCGCAAGACUACCUCCACAGGAUGGCUGAGGGCCGGUACAAGGAGGGGGACCCCCCCAGCCGGCGCUUGCUCAGCUUGAUGGCCCGGACCUUCUCGCACUGGCGCGAUUCCUGGAUGAAGAAACAGGUCUUUCCGCGGCUGCCACACCUAAGCAAACUGUUGUCCGAAGACCAAAAGGGCACACUGGCCACAAUCCCGAUCGCCGUGCGCAAGGGCCUGGCAAACCAAAAGACCCUAGCUGAGUUGCUCUCGAACCCAAGGAGUCAGAUCGCGCAAGAGAACGGUUUGCUCCGGAUCGAAGCCAAGGAACUCAUCGUCGGCGUCAUUCCAGACUUCACGCUCGGACGCGGUAAAGAAGUGGUCCCCUAUCUUUCCGACGAGGAGACCAUGGCUGCCUGGCUGAAGGGCUCGCUCAACGAGUGGUCCGCUAUGGGGCAUAUCGUGCCAGGCUACGACCUGCUCGUCCGGGAUGGAUUGAAGAAAAUGAUUACGGACAUAAAGGACAAGCUGGCCAAGGUGUCUGACCCAGCAAGUGCCACAGCUAGCUUCUAUGAGUCUUGCAUCAUCUCUCUCGAGGGCGUACAGGGCUACUUGCGAAACUGGGCCAAGAUCGCGCAGCGGGCUGCCAUCGCCGCCGGAAUGACAGCGCCGGAUGAUGUGGCUAACAUGAAAGACGUGGAGGCCAGAAUGAACCGCCUGGCCGACGAUGCGCCGGAGAGCUUCCAAGACGCCGUCCAGCUCAUCUACUCAUUUCACUGCUGUCUACACCUGGUGGGUGAGCUCACGCCGUUUGGACGUCUCGAUCAAAUCCUAUACCCCUACCUGUCCAAGGGAGGUGGCACGACGCUUGAACAUGCACAGGAGAUCAUCGACUGCCUGUGGGUCAAGAUUGGCGAGAACGCCUUUGUCAACCGCGCCUUCAUCUACGACUACGUGACGUACGGCACCACGGCCGUCUGCGGCCUCGGUGGCAACUUCCCACAGGGCGGCGGCAUCAACCAGUGGGUGCAGCAGAUCACCGUCGGGGGCUACAAGGCCACGGACAGCGCGACGCCAGAGUGCGGGGCGAACGCCGUGACGAUGCUCUGCUUGAAGGCGGCUCGGCGUAUCCCCGUCAACGCGCCGACCCUGUCCCUGCGCGUACACAAGGACAUUCCCCACGAGUACCUUGACGAGGCAGCCAAGGGGAUCUUGUCGGGCGGUGCCCAGCCAAUCCUGUACAACGACGACAAGCUCUGCCCUGCACUCAAGGACUCCGCCACAGCCAACGUGGUCGACCUGAAGUGGUCGCGUGACUACGCCGCGGACGGCUGCUACGAACCCAUGCUGGCGGGUGCUUCCGAGUUCACCUUCAACAACGUGGCGCCGCUGCUGGCGCUAGAGCAGACCCUCAACGAGGGUUCCACCUACGGCGAGGCCGGGCCGGAGCAACUGCGCGGGCUGAAGCAGACGUUCCGGUCCAAGCCGGCUAAGGAGUUCAAGAGCUUUGAGGACUUGAAGGACACGUUCGUGAAGCAGCUUGAGUGGCUCGUCGUGCAGUGCUACAACACCAUGCUCGACGGUUACGGCAACCUCGCCAACGUUUGCCCCUCGCCGCUCCUCUCGGUCCUGAUCCAGGGCUGCGUCGAGAAGGGCCGAGACCUGACGAACGGCGGAUCCAAGUUCCACAUCAUGGCGCCGCUAUGCGUGGGCAUGUCCAACACGAUCGACUCGCUGUACGCCAUCCAGAAGCUGGUCUUUGACGACGAGACGGCGCGCGUCACACUCCAGGAGCUGGUCAAGUGUCUCAUCUGCGACUGGGGCCACAACAUGAUCGAGCCGUACGAGAACCAGCUCUCGGGCACGGCCGACGCCUCGGAGCGUGGGCUGCGCUACUCCGAGCUCCGCAACGCCGCCCUGGCACUGCCAAAGUGGGGGAGCGGCGACGAGGAGGUCAACAAGCUCGGCGACUGGCUGGUUCAGACUUGCGUCGACCUCUGCGUCAAGGCCAUCCGCCAUCCCAACGCCACCAUCAAGGCGCACCUCGACAACAUCAAAAAGACGUACGGCGAGGACUUCGAAUUCAUCAUCUGCCCCGGCAUCGGCACCUUCGAAGGCUACGUGGGCGACGGCAUCCCCUGCGGCGCCUCCGCCGACGGCCGACGCAGCGGCAUGCCCAUCGCCUCGGACCUCUCCCCCGUGCCAGCCGCGCAGGACCUCCCGGCCAGCCCGGCCUUCCGCAACAUCUACCAAGCCAUGGAAUCGACCAAGUACAACAGCAUCGAGCACGGCCUAUCCAACGCGGCCCCCGUCGACAUGAACAUCCCCGAGUCCUUCCCGCUUCCCGAACUCCAGAAAUUCGUCAAGAAAUACGCAGCCGGUGAAGUCGGCAGCAACCUGAUUACGCUGACGUGUGCGGACCUGGACACGUACCAGAAGUCGGUGCGGGACCCGGAGAAGUACAACCUGGUGCGCGUGCGCAUGGGCGGCUGGACCGAGUUCUACGCGACUAUGUUCCCGGCCCACCAGGACCAGCAGCAGCGCAGGCAGUACUUUACCCCGUGGGAGUCGGGCAAGAAGCACGCCGAUGGGAAGGUUGUGGAAGUGGUCUGGAGGGAUGAGCAUGCGAGGGAGGGGGCCGUGCCGAAGCCGAGGGUGAUGCUGAAUGAGUUGGAGGUCAGGAGCUGA